AAAAAGUCGUCUCCAUUUUUCUUCGUGCUUGAUUGAAAAGUGAAAAUUCUACGCUGUAAUUUUUCGAUUUUAUCGUGUUGAGAUUCACAUAUUUGUAAUCAAAUAUAGUGCGCUUUCGGAAUUGGUGCUGUGAUAAAAGAAAUAGGCCAAUUGAAUUGUCCGUUAAAGUGUUACCUGAGUGUAAAUAAGCAUAGGAAAAAGUUACCCUUGGUGCCUCGUUCAUUAGCACCAGACCAAGAGGAGUGUAGCUGCUGAACAAGCAAAGAAGAGGAGAAAAAUCCGAUAAUGGGUCGCAAAAAGAAGAAGGCAUCGAAGCCCUGGUGCUGGUACUGCAAUCGUGAGUUCGAUGAUGAGAAAAUUCUGGUGCAGCAUCAGAAGGCGAAGCAUUUCAAGUGUCACAUCUGCCACAAGAAACUGUACACGGGUCCCGGGCUGUCCAUCCACUGUAUGCAAGUGCACAAGGAAUCGAUCGAUAAAGUGCCAAAUUCGCUGCCUAAUCGGUCCAACAUUGAGAUUGAAAUCUACGGCAUGGAAGGCAUCCCGCCGGAGGACAUUCGGGAGCAUGAAAAGCAGAAGAACGGUGGCACUAGGUCCGACUCGGAAGAAGACGAACCGGCCCACAAGAAACCGAAACAGGAAGCCUCUGUUUCUCAAGGCAUGGUCAUGCCCAACAUGAUGACGCCCCAUAUGCAGCCGUACGGAAUGAAUCCGAUGAUGGCAACAAUGGGUCACAUGCCUUACAUGGUGCCCCCUGGUAUGCAGAUGAUGCCACCGAUGAUGGGUGGUCAUCCAAGGCCACUGUUCCCGGCAGCAGCUUCGGCGACAACUAUUUCCGCAAACCCCGCUAUCAACAAGGCAACAUUCCCUGCCUACAGUGCGACGAUCAGUGCUCCACCAACGACCAACUCGGUCAAUGCGGCGAAUGCAACCGCGGGCGAUGCGUCCAAAUCUACGACUGUGAUACCUGCCACCGGUACAACUUCCAAAAUAGUGCACCCGCCCGAGGAUCUCAGCUUAGAGGAAAUACGAGCUCGCAAGUCUCAGUACCAGAAAAAGAUUAGUAUGGCGACGCAGCAGUUGCUGCAGCAGAAGCAACAGGAAAAACAUCAGGCAGCGGCCGUAGCGGCGGCCACGGCUGCAGCCCAGCAACAGCAACAACAGGUCCAAGCCCAUUUCAAAGCGCUCUCUUCGGCUGCCGCGGCCAGUGGGACCAACACCAUAGUCACCAGCCACCCCGGCAAGGACAGCCGGUUACUAUCGCCUCAUGAGGUACCGAUGUCGUUGAACGGUCCCAUGCAGCUCAUGAAUCCGAUGAUGCGACAAGGCCUAGCGAUGGGUCAUCCGGGGGCGGCUUUAAUAGGCGGAAAUAUGCUCCGCCCUGGUCAUCCGCAAAUGGGUCUUGGUCCAGGUAGGUACAACCACUACUAUCGAAGAUAGAGUUCCCACCUUCCGCUCUCAAACUACAACAAAAAAAAAGUUACAUAAAUCCACACGCGAAUGGAGCUCGAUUGAAAAAAAAAACCACACAUUCUUUAGAUUAUAUUAAGACUUACUCAGAAAUUUUACAUCUAUAUUUUUAUUUUCACAUUUUUCCUCCGAAAGUGUAACAGUAACAAAAAAUGACAUGAAAAGAUAAUCAUAUACAAGUAGGAUUUGUAAUAUAGACCAAUAAACGCGCCAGACGAGCAAGUUCAAUCAGUAGACACCUCUAUAAUAGUAGAACUCAUUGCAUUUGAAUCGAAAAGAAGCACAGGACAUACGUGUGGGCGUUUGUCGUAGAAUUGUCACCCGUACACUGUUAGUGAACCAGUUUGUGCAUCUUACAACACACAUUGCCAAAAUUUUCACGCGAAAACAUCAUAAACAACACAUUAUAUUCAUUUCGAUCACUUAUCUCUAGAUUGUGUCACACAUUUUAAUAGUGUAGUCUUCUUUUUUUACUUACUCUAUUGUUCGUUAAUCGAAAAAUAUAAAUGCUCUUGAUUUCUACCUUCUAAGGAAAAGUUUUUAAGAGUUUUGAAGUUUAUGUAAACCGCAUUAUGCCAUAGUGAUGUAAGGACAGUUGUAACACAGUCAUUCUGAUAUGCUUUCUUGAAACGUUCACCCCUAGCGCGUUUGUUCGUUUUUUAUAAUCUGCCUAUUCCAGUCCAUAUAUUUUUGUUUCUAGUUUACGCUCAUCUGAAACCCAGCUUAACAUAGCAUCCCCAACCAUCUCUGUAACGAUUAAUAAUCCAUCAAAUGAAUGUAUCAUGCAAGCAAACAAACAAACAAACAAAAAAAGAAUCGAAUACACGCGUAGAUCGUAGCUCUGAAGCAAACAAUCCCGUGCUGACUUUUCUUUCGUUCCAUCCAUUCGAAUGACCCCAGAAUAUAAUUAACUUAAUGUUGCUGCCAGCGAACUAGCUCUUCUGUCUACCUACUACUAUUAGCUGUAAUAUUAUUGUUUAUUAAUGUUUAUAUCAACUUGAUGAGGGAGAAACGCUUUCUCUUGCAUACUUAACAAUAAAUACACAGUAAAUUUAAUGA